GCGUCCUGUUCGGGAGCUCCAAUUUAAUCUUUCCGACGAUCUUCUUCCGUCCCAGCAGCAUCCACUGCCGACGACGACGACGACGACAGCAGUCUCGGCCACGGCAACAAUCACCGCUCAGCAAACCCUUGCCCGAUUUCCAGACGAGUGGCUAGGUCUUGCUUUCCUCGACCUAAAGCUCUAGACUACUCACCCACUUCCUCCCGCAAGUACCUCGAAUCAAGCAGACCGAAACACCUAAAAACACCAUGACGCCCGCCGCCGCCGCCGUCGCCGCGAUGCGGAUGCGUCUGGCCGCUCCUCUCCUCCGCCAGCGCGCCGCCAUUCUCCCCUCCUCCCGAACUCUCCUAUCCUACCGCGACAGCGCCCGCGCAAUCCACUCCAGCCCACCCGAGCAAGCCAAGGUUGUACCCGUCUACGGAACCGGCCCCCCUCCCGAGCCACCCAAGCCCGCCGCCGAGUUCGCCUCCAAGAGCACCUCAUCCUCCACCCAUCCCUCCCACAACAGCGGCGCCAUUCCCGAAAUCAAAGAAGGCACCGCCGCCGACCCUUGGUCCCGCAUCUCGCGCCGCAAGCGGCAAGCCGCCAUGCUGCGCGCCGCCACCCUGCCCCCAACCGCCGGCUCCUCCUCCGCGCCGGGCGGCAUCGGACUCCUCAAGCGGCGUUUCUGGAAAUCCGUCCACGUCGCGACCAAGAACGACAUGAACGAAAUCCACCUCGACUCGCGCCCGCUCCGCCGCCCCGACACCAAAUCCAUCAUCCGCCUGCCUUUGACCAAGCCCUCGCUCGCCUCGGCGCUCGCCAUCGAAUGGGACCAGCUCGUGUCUGCGCAACAGGCGACCAAGCAACAUCUCAUCCCCCUCACCUCUCUCGUCUGCAGAGCACUCGACAUCGCCGACCAAGACAGCCUGGGCAAGACAGACAUCCGCAACGCCAUCGCCACCGUCUUGCUCCGCUACCUCGACACCGACUCCCUCCUCUGCUGGGCGCCCGCGCCCGAGCACCCCGAAGAUGGCCGGAACGAGGCCGGGUAUACCCUCAGGGAAGUACAAGAGGAAGCGUACAGCUCCGUCGUCUCUUUUCUGACGACGCGCGUCUGGCCGGGCGUGACCAUCGUGCCCGUCCUCGACGAAACGAGCAUCAUGCCCCGCCAGCAGGAACCGGGCACGCGCGAGGUGGUGCAGGGGUGGAUGUUGGGCUUGUCGGCGUGGGAGCUGGCGGCACUGGAGAGGGCGACGCUGGCGGGCAAGAGCUUGUUGGUGGCUGCGAGGUUGGUGGUGGAGUGGAGUGGGGAUGGGGGCAAUGCGGUUGUUCCGACUCCGGCUGAAGAGGAGGAGGAGAUAAACACAAAGAGGUGGGGGGUGGAGGAAGCGGCCAAGGCGGUCAGUUUGGAGGUGGACUGGCAGACGACGCAGUGGGGUGAGGUGGAAGACACGCAUGAUGUCGAAAAGGUCGAUUUGCGGAGGCAGUUGGGCAGCGCCGUGUUGCUGUGCGCGGGCCAGGGGGUGACGGAUGUGAGUGCCACCAACAAGGCAAAGCUAUAGUACAGUUUUGGUUGUGAGGUCGUGGUGGGUUUGUAUGGUUAGGUAUGGUAUGGGUACGGUGCGGGGAAGGAAGGUUGUAUGUUAUGGUUUCUGAACUGUAUUGUAUUAUAAGGGCAUUAUUUGUUGAGCUGUACAUGGUAUCCAGGUAUAUAUAAAAGUAUGGAGCAUUGUAAACGAAGCUGG